AUGUCUCAACUCUCCAACUCGCAGGAUGACUACUUCAAUGACCAAGCGUCAUUCAUUUCUGACACUUCAUCCACCGUGUCUACCGUGUUCGACAUCAGGGAGCAGGCGGCUGGUGUAAUCACUGGCGCUGAUUGUAUGCCGGAUGUACCCAGCUCGCUUACCAUCGCUGAUAUUGUAUCAGCUGCACUUGCUGAUGGGGGCUAUAUAUCAUAUCCCACCAUGACACCUUCACCUGCUAUUCCUACUAGUGUGCAAAUUGAAGCUACUACUGCGGCUACGAUGGGUGAAAAUCUUGCAGCGGAAGCUCUUUAUGAGCUUUCCUCGUAUUCAUCUUUGCCCCUUGCUGAUGAAGAUGAGGUCAGUAAAAGUCCUGUGUAUACGCAGCAUGUGCAAACCAUCCCAAGUAUGACUGCAGAUCCAUUAACUGGGCAACUUGAUUGUGUCUCACAUAGCCUCCUGUCUGAUGAUGUCCUUAGCUGGACUGGCUAUGACACGGAGCCUGUGCCUUGUGAUACAGAGGCUCUAUAUAGAGACCUUUUGGGGCUUAUAAACAAAGACCAAGGUGGUCAUAUUGAGGCUGCCACGGAAAGACCCCAAGAUAAAAGCAAUGACUGCGAGAGAUCUGGUAGAGAAUCGGUCCACAUACCUUCCAAAUGGUCAUUAGCAUGCCCUACUGAGUGGUACUCACAAAUCUAA